CAAGGGGGAAGCAGGCUGCGACAGAAUCCCAGCUACCAGACGCAGCUGAGUACUCAAGCCAUCUCUGCAGCCAUGGACAAGAAGUCAGUAUCCAAAGAUAUUGGAACUUUAAAGUAUACCGAUCUUUAUCCUCUCGGAAGAAAGGAUUCUGAAGAAGUGACACGAGCUUUUCUCCAUGAAGUGUUUGAAAUCUUGAUGGACUUCGUAACGAAGUCUAAUGACAGGUCAGCUAAGAUCUUGGAUUUCCAUCAACCUCAGCAACUGAAGGAGAUAUUCGACCUGAAAAUCAAUGAUGAUCCCGUUAAUCUUGAUCAACUUCUUGUCGAUUGCAAGGAGACUCUCAAGUAUCAAGUUAAGACAGGUCACCCGCACUUCUUCAAUCAACUUUCGAGUGGAUUAGAUAUUGUAUCCAUGGCUGGAGAAUGGCUGACUGCGACUGCAAAUACCAACAUGUUCACGUACGAAAUAGCUCCUGUGUUCAUUCUAAUGGAACAGGUGACGCUCAAGAAGAUGAGAGAUAUCAUCGGUUUUCAUAACGGCGAUAGCAUCCUUGGACCAGGGGGAUCCAUCUCGAAUUUGUACGCUGCUUUGUGUGCUCGACAUAGUAUGUUUCCAUCUUACAAGCAAAAGGGACUGAUGGGCUUAGGACAACUUGUCAUCUACACCUCAGAACACAGCCAUUACUCAAUGAAAGGCGCUGGUAUGGUGAUGGGGCUGGGUACUGACAAUGUUAUUGAGGUUCGCUGCGAUUCCAGGGGCCGCAUGAUUCCAGAAGAGUUGGAAAAAUGCAUCCUUGCUGAUAAAGCCAAAGGUAACAAACCAUUUUUUGUGUGUUGUACCGCUGGGACGACAGUUCUUGGAGCUUUUGAUCCGAUAGAGCCGUGUGCUGAUAUUUGUGAUAAAUAUGGCCUCUGGCUUCACGUUGAUGCUGCCUGGGGAGGAGGAGUUCUACUCUCCAGAAAAUACCGCUCAAGAAUGAAUGGCGUUGAAAGAGCUAAGUCUGUGACAUGGAAUCCUCAUAAGUUGAUGGGAUCUUUGCUGCAAUGCUCUACUGUUCAUUUUAAAGAUGACGGCUUGCUGAUGAGCUGCAACCAACUAAGUGCUGAUUAUCUCUUCCAACAAGAUAAGCAUUAUGACGUGAACUUUGACACGGGGGAUAAAGUUAUUCAGUGCGGACGCCAUAAUGAUAUUUUCAAAUUGUGGCUCAUGUGGAGAUCAAAAGGUGACAAAGGAUACGAAAGGCACAUAGAUCAUCUAUUUGAAAUGACAGAGUACAUGGUUAAAAAGCUGAAAGAGAGGAAAGAUAAAUUUUACCUAGUUCUUGAGGAACCUGAAUGCACCAAUGUGUCCUUCUGGUAUAUACCAAAACGUCUACGAAAUAUGCCUCAUUCCCCCAAAAGAGCAGAAAUCCUAGGAGAGUUAACAGCCAAACUCAAGGGUCGCAUGAUGAAUGCUGGAACUCUGAUGAUAGGUUACCAACCUUUAGGGGAUAUACCCAACUUCUUCAGGAGUAUUAUUUCUAACGCAGCUGUCCAAGAAUCUGAUAUUGACUUCAUGCUCGACGAGCUGGAUCGUCUCGGCCACGAUCUGUAAACUUAACAUUUGAGUAGUUUCACUCAUGUUUGUUUCAUGUUUGUUGCUUAAGUGAAUGUCGUACAUAUAGAAAAGAACGGUUAAAAAUUGGGCCCAAAUCAUUUUAAUAAUCAUCAUUUUUGACAAAUUUGCUUAAUUUUUUGCAUUUUAAAAAUUCAGAUGAAACGAUCGUAUGCCUGAAAUUUUAAUAGAACUUUUGUAGGAAUGUUACAUCCAAGGACCUCCAUUACACUGAUUUCAGUAUUUUGGAGGAUGGAACUUACAGUUAGAUGCGAUAAAAUGACGUGAGUGCCAAUUGUUUGUUUUGUCGUUUGUCAUUGUGCAGGGCGUUUGAUGAUGUGUAUCAUCAGCAACAAAAUCCACUGUCUUCCAAAACUUAGUGGUGCCAAAGUGUAAGAGAAUGAAUUGAUUCCAACUUUGGCGCAUAAAAGAUUUCUUCAUUCUGAUUGUAUGUGUUCGUGUUUAACACAUGGGUGUGAUUAUAGUAGAGAGUGAAUUUAUGUCGUGGUAGUUAUAUAAUGCAUACAUACAUUCAUAGACACGCGUGUGUAUAUAUGUAUAUAUGUAUUAACAAAUGUAUAUAUUAUGUAUACAAGUAAUACACAUACAUAUAUAUAUGUAUAUAUAUAUACACAUAAAUACAUACACCGAUAUAAGAUUACAAAUAUAUAUAUAUAUAUAUAUAGACAGGUCAGUGUCAAUUAACGUAAAGCACUAAUUCUUCACAGGAGAUUAUUUUAUGUACUCCAGUCGAAAUAUUAGUUGUCGUAUUGUGUGUAUAUAAAUGUAUUUAGAAUAUAUUGUAAGUAUUUCAUGUUGAUAAAAACGAAAUAAUAUAAUUAUAUAAAUAUAUUUAAAUGUUUAUAUUGAGAGAGAAUUGAAUUUAUUCAGGCAGGGACAGCAAUUAGCAAUAUUCUUAGGAAUCAUAUUCUUGAAAAGUGUAGCAUGUGCUGCAGUCUCUGUUCAUUAUUUGUUAUUUCAGUGCCUAUUCAUGUAUUGUCAUUUCAAACUUUUCCCACGGAAAAGCAUCUAUUUAUAAUUAAGUUUCAUAAAUUUUGUUGCGCUCUCUUUGAUAGUUUUAGUCGUGGGACAGUUUAAAAGUUUUUUAUUAUAUUUAGAUAAAAUAUUUGUACCUGAAAUGUAUUUCUUAAUCAUUGUGAAAGAACCAUUUUUGAAUACUAUCAUAUUUUUGAAAAAAAGGAAGAUGAAUUUUUUAGAAUAGAGCCCUGAACAUCAAGGUUCUCCAGAAAUGAGUGAAACGUUUUUUACUUUCAUUGUAUGACAGAACUUCUCAUUGCUGUUUGCUUACAAAAUGCAUUUACUUGAUCUUUUUAAAUGAUUUUAUUGUUCUAUGUUCAAUUUACGUUAUAUUCUAUCAGAAUAUAAUGUAGUCCCAUUUAGAUUGACAGUAAUUUUGUUAUGUUUGCUGUUACUUGUUGCGAAUGCAUACGUUUUUAAUAGUGUUCGUCUACGAGCGUCCAGAUGUUAAAUAUGAAUAUCAUAAAUGAACAUGUGUGUCCUGUUCAGUGUUUCAGAGAUGGCCAUUUAUUUACAGAGAACUUUCUUCUCGAAAGAGUGAAAGUUACACAGAUUAUACGUUGUUAAUGUAAAGUUAGACUCUAACAAAAGUUGAAUUCUUAAAUAAUUCGUAUCGAGAUCAUCUCUUUAAAGAUAUGUUUGUUGAUGGCUUGUUUAAAUUUGUUUCCAACUAACAUGAUUAAAAUGAAAGGCUUAAGUGAACACAUUUUAAUUGCUGUUUCAAGCACAUACAUGGUUAGUUAAUUGUUAACACUGCCAAUAUUCACUUUACAUACUCCUCUCAUAUGAAAAAACUCCUAAUUAGGAGUGCUUUGAGUUAAUACAGCUCCAUUUAAGAGUUACUAAAUUACUCGCAUUUCUGACUUUAAUAUUUUUCAAAAGAGGCAACAUCUAUUGUGUCUUUUUCGAUGUUUUCCAGAAAUAAAUCAUUCAUGAAUCUCAACUAAUGCACGUAGUGAAAGAACGAUAUUUUUAAUUAGUAUGUCCCAGCAAUAUUUCCCAAAUUCGAAAGCUGCAUAUUUCACCUACAAAUGUAACGAAGAUAACCCAAGAAUUUCAUGUCAGUAAUACCAGUUUUGAACCCAUGCACAUUUGGCCAUCUUUGCACCCACGCGCUUUCUCACACUUAGCAAUACAAUGCAUUGCUGGAAAAUAUUUUGAUCAUUGUAUGUUUUAAUAGAUGCAUUUUUCUGAUUGUAAUUACUUUCUUGGAUUCUUGUCUUAAUUCAUCCGAAAUAAAAGUGCAUUAAUUGUGGAAAAGAUCUUAUUCAGAUCUAACGUAGUUUGUCGUUUUCCCAGUUCCAAUGUUCCUAGCUUUAAAUCAUUGUUUUAAACAAUAAGUUAACAGAGAAUGUUAUUAUCUGUGCCGCAUUCUCCAGUGUAAACACUCACAGUGCUUUAGAAGGAAAUAAAUACCGUUAAUUGUGGA